AGAAAAACUUGGGAAAAAAUUUGGAAUAAAUCUUUGAUUAUGAUCACAGAUUAUCAUAAUGAAUGGAUGAUCAUAAUUAUCCAUUUAUAACUUCGAUGGAUAAAUCGUUGAACGCCCCGAAUGGAUGAGAAUUCGAGGAGUGCAGUUGAAUGUGAGUGGAGAUCCUAAAGGCGCUUCCAGUGUCCGAGAACCAUGAGGGAAGAUGGAAAUGGGACGAAAUGUCAAAUGUCAAAACACGCCAACAUGGCGGAACAGAAUGACAGAAGUCAGCUACCACCGGGCUGGGAAUGCAGAUACGACGUUCGUAGUGGUCGACCAUAUUACAUAAACCAUUUCAACAAGUCGACGUCAUGGGAGGAUCCACGAGUACGAUAUUGGCAAUAUGCUCAGUACACGCAGGCACAAAACUCUGUCGCACCCAGCCCAGCUACUUCUACCACCAUACCUGAAUCUAUCCCAAUGCAGAACAGUGGAGGUGGAGGUGGAGGUGGUAGUUAUCUGGUUUACGCAGGAGCCCAUAGGGCACCUCAGGUGUAUCCGACACCAUCGCCUUUUCGUAAUCCACAACCUGCAUUUUUAUCGCCAGGUGCACAGGAAUUCAAAACUCCUCUCUCCUCACGAUCAGUCAGUGCUAUGACGAACAGACUUGGCGACAUCACAAUUGGUUCACCAACCCCUGUAAGGAAUACAGAAACCAGUUUGAUACAGAACGUGGACACAGAAGUUCAAGUGGCAAAGAUCAACGCCAUGUUCCCUACAGUUUCAGAUACUCACAUUCGUCUGUUAUUAAAAAAGUACCAUAACAGAGCAGCAGUAGUAGUGAGUGCACUCCAGGUUGAAAAGCAUCCUCUAUGCGCCCCAGGACCCUGCACACCUUUGGCGGUGCAUGCGCCUCAAUCUAUACCGAGAUGGCGUCUUCCAGCGCACGCUAUACAUGCUGCGCUGACUUUAAGUCCACCUCGAGGGGUCAGGCAACCCCCUCACUCCCCAAAAAUGAAACUUAGGUACCUGAAAAAUGUGUUUCCAAAAGCGGAUGAAACGAUUCUGCUUGACAUUUUGGAGCAAAGUGAUAACAACGUGCAAAAGGCAUCAGAGAAAUUAAUCGAGCUCGGAUACGAAAAACGGAACCCAACAGGGCCCUCACAAUCAUUGUUAAAGCAGAAAUCUGCUGAACAGAGGCGCAUAGAACAACCAACCCCAACUCCGCCACCACGAAUGAGAAGUAUUGAGGAAAAAAAUAAAAUGAAGGGCCGGUUGAUGGAAAAGUACAAGUCAGUACCAGACAAAGUAAUAAUGCUAGCAAUGGACAGUGUUGAUUAUGAUGAAGAAAGAGCGAUGCAUAUCUUGGAUAUUAUGGUUGCUGAGGAAGCGACCCAAACGCCACGCACAUCCAGCGGUCACAGCAACAGAAGUGACGAACAAAAGGGCAGACCUCCAGUUACAGAAGCGAUAAAAUUAACAGCCUCGCCUGUUAAGAAAGUCAAGGAUACUGACGUUGAGAAAAUCAAACGUCCAAAGAACAAGAAUGACGUACCAAAGAUAUCACGGGGAACCAGUACUACAGAAGACAAGGAAUACAAGUCUCCGUACUUGACUAGACCUACCGGGCCCAAUGCAGACUUACCGAAGGGGGCAAAUAAUGAAUUUUUAUUGCCUGACUAUGCUCCAUGGACUGGCCCAGAUGCAACAAUAUUAACACCUGAAAAAAGGUCAGUGGCAGUUGGACCAAACAGAUCAUUGGUAACUGGAAGCUGCAUAAAGGGACUUGGGCCAAAUCCUGAUCUUAGAAAGGGUCCCAUGAGGGGCCUAGCGCAAGGUUCUAUUUAUUCUCAACGAGAUGUCACCAAUUCCGAGAGCCGGGGAAAAUGAAACAUGUUUAACUGUUUCUUUUAGACAAAUAAUUGAGCAUGGAAUCUGAAGUAAUGGCUGCUACUCACAACUUCUCAACAUACUAAAAUGUAUAGCCAAUUAUUUAAACCUCGUUAACCUUGAAAACUGUUAAAUUACUUGGUGCAUUCCAACAGCUGGCGUUACAUGCUUUUAUACGAAACAUACACAUGUAGCUGACAGGCUAUUUCAGUAAUGAACGAAUCUCCGCCAUUAUUGACACCUUCCAUUGCUCGAUUUUUAGCCAUGGAAUUUUCUUUCUUUGAAAAUGAAUUGUUUUUGAUAAAUAUUCUUCAAAAAUUUUAUGGUGUCUCUCUUAUCAUUGGUGACAUUCAAAAUUUCGCGAUUGCGAGCUUAUAUUGUCUUUCUGUUCUAUAUAACACUAUAAUGUUUCUGUCUUGUUGUUACGUUACAGUUAUUAGAAGAUAAUUCUAAAUAUGUUAUUAUUUUUCAUUACUUGAUACCGUUAUCGUAUUAAAUUGUUUUCAUUCAUAUUCUUAAUACUUUUUUUUCAGCUUUACGUAGAAAAUAUUCAUACUGAUAACGACGAACACUUUUUGCCCUGUUAAAAAUAUCAAACUAUAGAAACACCGUGCAAACCAGUAGUAUUCGAGUAGCUGUGUAUGGAUCUGAAGAAUUCAUAACACAUUACUCAGUAGAAAAGUUAUAGUUUUUGAAAGCUUACAGAUUUAGUGGAUGUAAAGUGCACGUGAUUAAUCUUAUCCUAGUUUUGGGAGCCCAUAGCUGAAAUCAGCAAAUUCAGUUGAAUGAGGAACAUCCAAUAAUCCGUUAGAAAAAUUUUUUAGGCAUCACGCCAAAUAAAUUCUCCGAUUCACUAACAUAAAUAUGAUAUGGGUGGGUCUUACUUAUGCAGUACGAUCUCUUGAUGAUUUGUUAGGAUUCGUGUCUCAUAAUGCACCAGAUUAUCUUUUGAGUCUUUGACAAUUGUUGCGUAAAGAUAGGUUUUAGACAUACUUGUAUACAUAUCCACAAAAUUUGGUAAUAGGAGAAAUGGUGAAGAUUGUCAAUGGAAAAACCUUUUUGAAAACGUGUAGUGUAAUAUUAACAUUGCUAAUUAGAUUACUGUCCCGUGAAAGAAUUGUUAAUGAGACUGUGGGAAAAUAUUAGUCGUAAAUUUGUAAUUAAGUAAGAACGCAAUCCCUCCUCCUCUAAAUUAAAAAAGAUCUGAAAAACCAACCUGUGGCUAACACUUUUUCAUUAUUCGAGAGUAUGAAAAUGUCCGUCAGAAAUUAAUUGUGCAAAAAUGUUUUGGUGUGAUUACGAAAUGAUUGAGCAACUGCGAAUCACGAAUGAGUCGAAUACAGAAAAAUGAAUUUUAUCUGAUUCAAUUCUAUCAUAAUUGGGUGCAGCUGUGAACAAGGAACUUUUCAUGUCUGUUGAAAUCUUGCCUCCAUAAGUAAAUGGUACAUAAAAUGAGUGAAAAUGGGUACUUGAUUCAGACUAUCUGACUAAGUCAUCCUAUCCAAAGCCAUAAAGUAAUUCAUAUUGGUUUUCUGAAAAAAAAGUUCUAUUUUGCCAAAAAUACGUGCUUAAAUGUCUGGUUGUUAUAGCGAUGAAAAUAAUGUCUUGUUAUUGAUGAUACGACGGUAAAUAGUAAUACGAAUUGUGCCAUAGUUAAGAAUGAUUAAAAGAGAGGUAUUUUCUUAUCUUUAUCCAAAGAUAAUCCUGCCUUCAGAAAUCUUAUAUAAUGUGAAUACUGAAUAAUGAAAAAUGGAAGGGCUGUGGCUAAAAAAUGUCAGCUGGGAGCUAUUUUUAUAGCUUUUUUUUCGUUUUUUUGACAGAACUAAGAUGGGUGAAAUAAUAUAUUUUGACUAUGUAUUUAUGUACUAGUGCAUAACCGCUAAUUAUAUAAUGGUGUGGGCGAGUUCUUGACAUCACGAAAGCUUUUGACAAAUUUCUGGAUGUGUUUCCUUCCCAUUGCAUGUAAGUUGAUUGCCUUAACAUUUCGCUAUCGGGCGUUAACGAGUUAUUGUUUAGUUAUUGUAUCUUGGGGUAUUGACUGCUUCUUUCUUCAAAUUAUCGUAAUUUGCUAAUAAUUGAUUGUUUUAAAACUAUUGAAAAAGGAGUCCUUUUGGUUGCUGGGGUUUCCAAGGUUGAAACUUUGAGGUGCGCACUCACCACAUCUUAUAUAUGCCAAGCUUGUUGUUAAUUAACUUCUAAUUAGAGUUAAAACUAAUUAGAAUAUAAAUACAUUAGAUUCGCACUCAGUCGUAUUUUCGUACGCUUAAAUAAUGAUAGCAUCCCAUUGCAGUUGCAAAAAAAACCCGUUAAUUAUGAACUCUUAUUAAUCUCACAUGUUUCUUUGCUUCGUUCUAUUAUUGUUCCAAAAUAAUUGAACGAUUUUAAACUUGUGCAAUAAUAAGACAUAAUAUGAAUAGAAUAUUUAAUUGUUAACAAUUAUGUACAAUUUGUCUUAGUACGUCUUGUGUUGUAUUUAAACGUUUGUCAACUUUACCUUGUACCAACUUCCGAAGUUUUCGAAUUUUUCAUUAUAUUAACAUGGUAUACCUAUGUAGUUAGAUAAUAUUAAAUGUUUUAGAUAGGGAUGGCGCAAAAUGAUUUAUCUCAGCACCAAUACAAAAUUUUAUUUCAAUGAGUGUUUGAAUAUCACACGGGGCACACUGAGAGCGGUUUACCCUUGGAGCAAACAAAUAGGAAGGUCAAAAUAGCAGGUGAAACCACACUCGGCGCGCCCCAUGGCAUCGAGUCAAAUCUGUUAAUAGAAAUUCAGAGGAUAAUUCAACAUAUUCAUGUAAAAAAUGCUGAGUUAUGUUUAUCAAACCAACGAGAAUGUAAAAAAAGAUUUGUCACAUAAGAAGCAAGAAAGUAUUACCACUGAAAUAUUGUAUUCCUAGAAAGCUUUGCCAUUUGAACUUUAAGAAUAAAUAGAUAAGUCACUAAUUCGGUAGCAAUAAAUUAUAGGGAGUCGAAUAUAUUUGUACCAGUUAUCGGAGAGCAAGGAAAAUUGUAAUUCAUUGUACCUAUACAUAUCUGUGCAAUAAAGAAGUAUUUAAUCGUAAA